AUGGCCGCCGCGGUGGUGAGGUGCUCGACGAGAGCGAUCGCAACCAGCAGCUUCACACGGCCAUGCCAUUCUUGGCUCAACGCGACGAGAUGUACCGCGGUGAGUGGACAGAGCUAGCUCGGACUGAUCCUGUGUUCUAUCUGACCGAAACGGUUUCUCCCCUCGCAGCCGAACGUCCACCAAUCGGCGUCCUACUCGACCCGUUCGCGCUCGUCACGUGCUUCCCCAUCCGUGUCGAUCGACCACCUCCGACGUAGACCACGACAUCUUGCUCCUGCAUGUGCUUGGGUACGGUCCCACGCUCAUAUCGCUCGGAGGGACCAACCAGACGACCAUGAUUCCGCGGCCAAGAAGGCCACUCAGCAACAUUCGGGACCUGAAGGGCACCAAAAGGAGGAGUCAAGCAAUGGUGCACCGAGUACAACACCCCCCGCAAGAACAUCCCGUACAUCCGAAACAACAGCAACGAGUGUUUCGCCAGUGCCACCAGCCAAGAGUGAUCAGUCGAACACUACGGAUGUCGGUAAAACCACCGAAAUCUCGGACAAGGAGCAGUCGAGGAGGGAUUGGGAGAUCAUCAAGAAACUCGUGCCCAACGUAUGGCCCAAGAACGAUUGGUCCACAAAGACAAGGGUCCUGUUGGCGUUGGGCUUGCUCGUUGGUGGAAAAGUGAGCACCAGCCUCAGGUCGGGGGCUGCUGCUGUUCCGACCAACGAGCUAAUCGACAUCACGUGCCUGCUCCGAAACAGCUCCUCAACAUCCAAGUCCCAUUCUUUUUCAAAAGCAUCAUCGACACUCUCAACGUCGAGAUUGAUCCUACCACCGGAGGGGGUGUAUUCGCCAUUGCCGGGACGGUCAUUGUUGGGUGUGAGUCUUGGUCGCCUCCAUAUGAAACCAGCAGACUAUCUAUGCGAGGCUUAUAUGCGCGGCUUCACAUGACCACACAGACGGUCUCGCACGUAUCGGAGCCGGUGUUUUCUCCGAACUGCGCAACGCUGUUUUCGCCAAUGUCGCUCAAGGGGCGAUCCGACGAGUCGCACACGGAGUUUUCACCCACUUACUCAACCUCGACGUUCAGUUCCACCUCACAAGACAAACGGGUGGACUGACACGGGCUAUUGAUCGUGGUACAAAGUGGGUCUCGGGGAGGUAUCCCCACUGAGGAUACGGUAGGGUAGAAAGCUGACAUCGUGCCAUUUUGUUCUCUGCACGCAGGGGUAUUUCGUUCCUCCUGAGCUCGAUCGUCUUCCACGUGGUUCCGACGGCGCUCGAAAUCUCGAUGGUGUGCGGUAUCUUGGUCAGUCGAUCUCCGCAUCUGCGCCCAUCCUAGUUCCAGGAACUGACUCGAUCCGUUCACCUGGUCUUGAUCUAGUCCUACAAAUUCGGCUGGGACUUUGCUGCGGUCACAUUGGCCACGAUGGGAGCAUACACGUGGUUCACCAUCAAGACGACGUCCUGGAGGUUAGUCACAUAAGCUCGCAUGUACUUUUGGUCGCCGAACUUACAUCGAAGUGCCUCGACGAUAGGACCAAGUUCCGAAAGCAAGCUAACGCUGCUGACAAUCGAGCCGCGACCAUGUCCGUCGACUCGCUGAUUAACUAUGAAGCCGUCAAAGUAAGCCGCCCCAAGGUCCAAAGCCCCACAAAUAAGACUAAUGAGUCCCGUCUACUUCACUUCAGCACUUCAACAAUGAGAAAUUCGAGAUUGCGCAAUACGACCAAGCGAUGAAGGACUACACCAAAGCUUCGGUCAAGAUCUCGACCUCGCUCGCGGCUCUCAACAUUGGUCAGAACGUCAUCUUCUCCAGUGCCUUGACGGCGAUGAUGUACCUUGCUUCCAAAGGGAUCGUUAAUGGGACGAUGACGGUGGGCGAUUUGGUCAUGAUCAAUCAGCUCGUGUUUCAGCUUUCGUUGCCGCUCAACUUUCUCGGUAUGUUUAGGUCGGAUAGUAUUAUCUACUAUGUACUAAGCUCAUCGGCUCCGCCUCACUCUUGCAGGUACCGUCUACCGCGAACUACGUCAAAGUUUGAUCGACAUGGAUACUUUGUUUAGCCUGCAGUCCGUCGGGCUAGCCAUCAAGGUCAGUUGCUCUUCCCUUGAAAAGUCACCUCUGAGCUCCCAGCUGAUCUGCGUCACAUUCACCAGGACUCCCCCACCGCCAAGCCCUUAUCGCUCCACGACGGUGGCCGCAUUGAAUUCCGCAACGUCUCCUUCGGCUACCACCCUUCCCGACCCAUCUUCCGGGACAUCUCCUUCUCCAUCCCCGCCGGUAAGAAAGUCGCCAUCGUCGGCCCCUCCGGCUCCGGCAAAUCGACCGUCUUUCGCCUCUUGUUCCGUUUCUACGAACCGUCUUCAGGACAGAUUCUGAUUGAUGGUCAACCUUUGGAUCAAGUGACGCUCGAAUCGUUGAGGAAGGAAAUCGGGGUCGUCCCUCAGGAUACACCCUUGUUUCAUUCCGACAUUUUGCAUAAUGUGAGGUACGGUCGUUUGGACGCUACGGACGAGGAAGUGCACGAAGCGGGGAGGUUGGCGAGGGUCAGUGAGACGGUCGAGAGUAUGCCGGAGAAAUGGAAGACCAAGGUGGGGGAGAGGGGGUUGAUGAUUUCGGGCGGGGAGAAACAGAGGUUGGCGGUGGCGAGAUUGUUGUUGAAGGACCCGAGGAUAUUGUUCUUUGAUGAGGCGGUGAGUGCACAUCACGAGGCUGGGGAAGGAUUCUCCGUUGCUGAGUUUCACUUGCUCUUCCAGACCUCGGCUCUAGAUUCCACGACCGAAGCCGCGUUGAUGCAGAACAUCAACCAAACCCUCUUGUCCAAAGCACGCACAUCCGUCUUCGUCGCCCAUCGCCUUAAAACAGUUGCCGAUUCGGAUCUCAUCAUCGUACUCAAGGAUGGGUACGUCGCUGAACAAGGCACUCAUGCGCAAUUGAUGGCCAAGGAGGAUGGGGUUUAUCGAGGUAUGUGGGAACAACAGAACUCGAUGGAGGGAUAUGAGGGGGAGAAGAAGGAAUUGUAA